UGGACCCAGCUCCUUGCUCCUUGCUGCCAUACCCACUAGGGCUGCCUCACGAGCUCCGGGACGGUCACGGUCACGAGAAGUGUCCCCUCAGGGACCCAGAGCUCCGCUUUCUUUCAGGGACCCGGAGAGAGCCGAGAGCUCGGCCUGAGCAGUGUCCCCUGAGCGCGAGGGCGAGCCCCGAGGAGGCAGCGUCUCCCUCAGGGACCCUGGACGUAGCUGGCGCGGGCGCCGAGCGCUUUCCCCCGGCCGAACCCGGCGGGUGGUGUGGCUGCACUUAAACCAAACGGCCUCCGCGGGCCGCGGCUUCCCGGGGCUCCCGAGGGCCUGUUACCUCCUCCAUCGCCCCAAGUGCAGAGGCUGCCGCGUCUUCAGCCCCAGAGCCCCGGAAAACAUCCCAACCCCAGAGAAGGGCGGAUUCGCGGAGAAGAGACGAUGCUUAAGACUACAAGGAUAGUGAUCUCCCUGGACCACCUGAUUUGAACUUGAAGCUUGAGUUAUUGACAUCAGGGGCAAACAUGCUGGACCCAACGAGUGAAAGGGACCUUUUUGACCAAGAAAACAUGGAGGAGAUCUCCCAACUCGCUUCCCUGGAGAUGUCGGGGGAUGUAGUCGUCAAAACAAACUCUUCAACCUUCGUCCUAGAAAAACCCAGCUACCCAGACUCCGUGUACGUUACGGCAGCGAACAUUUUUCAGGGUAUUCGGAUCCAAAGGUCGCCAGACAAAGUCAUAAUAAAUUACGGAAGUGAACCCCUGCAGCCCUCCUCCUCCCGCUCCGAGGAUGAAUCUUUUCAGCGCUUGUCCUAUGAGCUGGCUUUCAGUACCCUGAAAUAUCAAGAUAUUUUGGAAAGUAUAUUAAUAGAUAGCUAUAUCUUCUCGAGUACCACAAUCGCAAGUGAGUUGAACAGUCUUAUCAUUGUGAUGCUGUAUGACUUCCAAGACAGAAAAUUUCAGCCCCGUGUCCUUUCCGAGAAUGAAGAGACCAUACCAGAAGUUCAAGAAGUCGAGAACCUUCUAAACGGCUUUAAGACAAAAUUGGCUGCAGCCUUGGCGAGAUGUCGAAUCAAACAUGAUGCCCUCUCGAUUUACCAUAUUCUGCCAGAGACAGUUAGGAAACAGGAACAAAGGGCCUCAACUUUGCCUCUUUAUGCUUGGAUAAAUACUAGUAAAAUAAGCCUUGAAGAAGUCUAUAAUAAUUUGAGGAGGAAAGGUUACUCUAAAGUCAAGUCUAUAACGAGUGUCAAUGAGAAAGUCUAUGCAGUAGACCAGCACUGCUUCAACGUCUUAAUUUUCCCAGCUCAUCUCAAAACAGACCUUUUAAACAUAGAUCUCAUAAAAGACUAUAAACUUAUUUUCCAGGACAAAUCUCGAAGUCUUGCCGUCCACUCUGUGAAGGCUUUGAUAAACAUUGAUGAUGAUGUCCUAAUGGUCAACACGGGUUCGUGGUACACUGUUGCCCAUAUGUCCAUCUUAACAAGUGGUCACACUUCGAAAAUCUUUGUAUGUGGAAUACAACCAGAAGAGAAGGAUUUUGAUGCGAGGAAACUUUUUACAAGAAUGGGAUGUCAAAAUAUUGAAAUACUUCACGAAACAUUUCUUAGCAUCGAAUCCAAAGAUCACCGGUUACAGAACGUGAAGGUCAUCCUGUUGCUACCUCGCUGUUCCAGCCUCGGUGUCAGUAACCCAGUGGAAUUCAUUUUAAAUGAACACGAAGAUAAAAGUUUACUUCAAGAUCUUUCUCAAGGUGGUCUACCGAAAGAUAAACUUGAGACUUUGGCUCAGCAGCAGUUUGAACAGCUAACACACGCAAUGAAAUUUACUAAAGUUCAAGCAAUUGUCUAUUGCACAUGUUCUGUCUCUAAAGAGGAAAAUGAAGACGUUGUUGAGAAAGCACUGGAAUAUCAAAGCUCAGGGGUUAAAAUGCAACCUUACAGACUCAGCCCUCCUGUUCUCCCACUGUGCUCCCUAAAAGAGAUAGAACUGUCUAUGGACAGAUUCUUCAGAUUGGAACCAUCUGAUAUGAACAAUGGCUGUUUUCUUUCUAUCUUAACAAGAGAGCGAGACCCAUCUGAGACAGUGUCAGUGAAAGACGUUCUGGCCAGGGCAGCAGCCAAAGGUCUACUGGAAGGGGUUGAGAUCGGGAAGACGCUCAAAAGGGACAAGAAGAGGAAAAAAUCAAAAGCGCUGCCGCCCAGGGCUCCUCACCAUGGGGACCCACUUCGCGACCAUUUGGCAGUGGAUGGUAACGACACCAGCAACGUCCAAAUGAAAAUCUCCGAGCUCUUGCACCGAGAAAGCAAGAUAAGUACUUCAACAAAAAUGUCCGCCCCAGCAAAGACUGUGUCUCAAGCCGGCACUUCCUCCCAAGUCAGAAAGCCUAGCAAGCCUUUAUCGACCCCACUGGUGAGGAAUUUUACCAGGCCGGUAGAAAGGCCAAUGAACUUUGUGAGAGCGCGGCCAGAAGGCAAAGUGAUCCCUCUGAAACCGAUUGAAAUCGUUCUGCCGCCAGUGAUAUUCCCAUUGAGUCCCCAGGGGCCCAGGGUUCAGAUGCCAGCCACCCAUUUUUAUUACCGCUUCAUUGGAUCAAAGGUUGGUGUGCCCCGCUAUCUUACAUCAUCAACAUCCAGAAGAAAGGAGAAGGUUAAGGAGAGCACACCUUCUUCCCACGUCAGGCACCCUAGACCAUGGCUCUGACUGUGUGGCCCUUGUGACAGGGUGGCUGGGCUCUGUCCAGUUUUAGAUACGGUUACACAAGGUACUGGUGCUUGUGGUUGCGUAGUAACCUCUAAUGCAAUAUAACUUCCCGAGAGAGAAUGAA